AAUUUGACUGGGUGCGCCAGUUCUUGCGAGCUGCGGGCGGAGGUGGGCGUGCGAGAUGGCGAUUGGAGUGGGGGUUAUGAGCUUUUAGUGCUGCUGCUGAUUUUGCCCUUUUUAUAUUCAUUGACUGUGACUACUUCUAUCCUGAUCAUCACUCAAUUAACCCCAGGAAAAACCCGCUCUCGCCAAAGAGUUGUAGCCCACAGACCAGGCCCCAAGCUUUCAGACUUUAUCUAGCUCAAACUCACACUGGGUCUUAGUGAUAUUAUUUGUAUUCAAAAUGGAUGAUAAGCAGUUAGCAUAUGAAGCAAUGUGUGCUGGUGGUGAUGUAGGGAAGCCAACACCUUGGAAGAAGAAAGACCAAAAUCCAGGAGCCCAGCGCAGGGUCCUCUGGGAUGAUUCAACGGAGGGCGGAGAAGAAGACAUCACGCUGCCCGAGGAGGACGAGUGGCUCAUCUGGGCCGGCGGUCCGGGCCGAAAGCAGGCGCUGCUCCGGUUCAACGCCGCUAACCUGGACGACGAGCCGCCGGAUCCCAUCGGCCGCCAGUACCAGAUGCUCUUCAAAAUGCAGAACACAGACAGCAAACUGUUCCGGCGAGUGAUGGACGUGCACGGGAUCAGCGAGUCCUCGGCGUCUGUCAGCGACUUCAACAUCCUCUGGACGGGGGUGCACCCCAAGCCGUUCGUCCUGCGGAAUCUGUACGACUACCAGCGCGUCAACCACUUCCCCAGGUCGUACGAGCUGACCCGUAAGGACCGGCUGUGUAAGAACAUCGAGAGGAUGAAGUACAUCCGCGGCGCCAAACACUUUGACUUCAUACCGCCCAGCUACAUCAUGCCCACCGAGUAUCAGGAGUUUUGUUCGGCGUUUCUGAAGGACCGAGGAGCGUGGAUUGUGAAGCCGGUGGCCUCGUCACGCGGCCGUGGUAUCUACCUCAUUAACCAUCCGGACCAGAUCCCACUGGACGAGAGUGUGGUGGUCUGUAAGUACAUCGAGAACCCGCUGCUGGUCGACGGCUACAAGUGCGACGUUCGCCUGUACGUGGCCGUCACCUCCUACGACCCGCUGGUCAUUUACCUGUACGAGGAGGGCCUGAUCCGCUUCGCCGCGGUCAAGUACGACCAGAGCGCCAAGAUGCUGUGGAACCCGUGUAUGCACCUGACCAACUACAGCGUCAACAAGUACCACACCAACUACGUGCAAAACGAUGACGCCGAGGUGGACGACUACGGUAACAAGUGGUCUCUGUCGGCUCUGCUACGGCAUCUCAAACUGGCUGGCGAGGACACCACGAGACUGAUGCAGGACAUCGAGGCCAUCAUCGUGAAAUCCAUCAUCGCCGUGGCGCCGACCGUCACCACGGCCUGUAAGAUGUUCGUGCCCACCAGGAAGAACUGUUUCGAGCUGUACGGGUUCGACAUCCUGAUCGACUCCUCGCUCCGUCCGUGGCUGCUGGAGGUAAACCUCUCGCCGUCUCUGGGCUGUGACACGCCGCUCGACAGCAAGGUCAAGUCGGCGGUCAUCUCUGACCUGUUCACUCUGAUCGGCGUGCCGGCGGUGGACCCGGGCCGCGCCAGACAGGUCAAACAGAGGCAGAGGGCUGUCGUCAGGGUGCGCGCCCCCUCCAUGGACUCCGUGCCGCGCGGCGGUAAGCCGCUCCGUUCGGCGCUCUCUGCCGAGGAGGCGCGCAUCGUCCGAGAGGUGCGCGAGGAGGACGCGCGGCGCGGCGCCUUCAUCCGCAUCUUCCCGGCGCCCGAGACGUGGUCUCUGUACAGCUGCUUCCUGGCACCGGUCAACUCGCACCUGAACCAGAUGCUGCAUGAGGAGCUGUAUCCGCACACCAUUGGCGGCCCGCAGGGCAGCUCUGGUCCCCGCUCGCUGUGCCGCAAGAGCAGCAGUAUCCCCUCGCUCAGCAUCACGAGUCGGUCUCGCAGCGAGCGGACCGCCUGCUACGAACGCCCGCUGGCGCGCGGCUCCAAGGACGCCUUUGUGGGCGCCGGGGAGGGAGGACGGGACGCGGCCGAGCGGGCCACGGAGCGGCUCACCGUUAAACGGGAGAUUAUCGAACAGAUGCAGCGUGGUGUCAGGAUGAGCCGGUACCAGGCGCGUCUGGCGUUCAGUUUCUACCUGCAGCACAUCCAGCGCCGACUGAUGUGUAACAUGGAACAAGUGCAAGGCUCUGGGCAGCUGGAGCUCGUGCUGAGGUUCAUCAGGAAGGCGGCCAGAAACCUCACCGACGCCUACGCCAUUCAGACGCCGGGCCGCCACUUCACUCCAGUGGAGAAGGCGAUUCUGAUCGCCAAGCAGCUGGGCGACUUCAUCCACCUGUACAACCGGGAGACACUGGAGCACGUGGCGCCGCGCGAGAGCCCGGCGCUGCUCGACGCCCAGCUGCACAAACAGUUCGUCACCGGGGCCAGUGAGUCGGACCUGGAGGAGGCGCUCACGCUGCACACCUCGCUGUUCAACUCGGCCGACCUGUUCCUGGGGCGCGCGCGCGCCCGAGAGCCAGCCUCCCGCGCGCGCACCGCCCCCUCCAGCGCCGCCACCGACGAGACGACCAGCGUGGCGCGCGCAGACGAGGACGGCGCGCCGGACUCGGAGACGGCGCGCGCGCGACAGACGGGCGCCCUCUCCGUGGGGAACCUGCUCAAAACGUCCCUGAGGGACUUCCCGGCGCCGGCGGGCGGCGGACGGGACAGAGUGCGAGCGCUCAACAAGAUCUACAGGUAACGGACGGCGGCCGAACUGUAGCCUUCCCGCCGGGCUAGACCAGGGUCUGGACUAGGUCUGGUCUGGCCUGGUCUGCUAGUCUGGGCCGGGCGGACGCGCCCUGUGGGUGGGUGGGUGCGCAGCUGAGGGGCCCGUGGCGCCCCCUGCGGGCUGCCUCCUUAGGCGCGGACCUCGCCUUCACUUCCGAACCGAUCUUCAUGGGCGACGGCCGCGUCGAACGGCCGCCGUCGUCGCCGCGCAGCGAUCUAGCUAAAUCACCAGGGUACCUGUGAGUUGGCUUACAACACUAGUCAGUGACACCAUAGCUAGUACUUAUUGCGGAGCCGCUACCGUUUUCAGUGAGUGAUUUGGGUGUAAUAACGACCAGGAACUACUUUUGAGUAGUUUUGCGAUGCGAGCAGACACUAAUUGAAGCGUCGAAGCAUCGAAAUUAGUCUGGGUUCAGUGUGCUGAAAUGUUCAGUUGAUUGCGAUACUAAUCAUGAUACCAAGGCGGCGCUUUUGCGUCGUGGCGAAGCUAGUAUUAGUGAUCACUUCUAUGCUAGUGAAGCAGCAAUUCUAUUUUCAAAUUAGUCAAUGUUAUGUGUUAUUUUACUGCGCAUGCGUGUUUGUUUCAAUAUUCUUGUUCUAACCUCGUGUUGUUUUGUGUUAUAGUUUUCUCGUUUAACGCUGAGUAUCUUACUGCAGUGUCAGCGAUAAGUGAUUAUGGCGAGGCAACUGCCAGCUCACUUCCUUGCACAUUCUUUAGCUCAGUAUUAUCUGUCGGUAGUUUUUGCUAUUCCUACAUCCGAAUACUGCCAGCUAGAGUAUUAUUUUUGGCAGUGGCCGAAGCUUUAACGCAUAACUUACGUUUCCUGCUGCGUUGUGGAUUAUGCCAGGUCGAUUGGUGUUUAGUGUGAUUGUGUUUGUUCACAAAUUAUCUAUUUAUUUAGUACCAACUACUUCCCUGAAAAUCAUGUGUCUUACGAGUGCAAAAACCUAUAUGUGCUACUUACCAACGAGAUUAUUCAGGGCGCGGAGCAACGAUCGUCUUUUUUCCUCGGCGAUGACUUAAAGUUUGCGUGUUAUGUACUGAUGUCAUGUUCCUCAAGCCGGGGCCUGCCAAGCCAAAGCCAAUGGUGCACAAUGGGCCUGUGUCGCGGCUCUGCGCGGUCUCUGGGACCGCCCGGCGGGCGCCGGCGGCCCGGCUUGCCUUUCAUAUCGAGUCAUUGGGUCGGAGAGAGGGAGGGAGGGGAGAGAGAGGGAUGAGAGGAGCGAGCGAAUACAGUCAGGCACAAAGGGA